AUGUCCAAGGUUGAUGAAAAUUCGUUAGAGAAUCAACUUGGCUAUUAUUUGCCCCACCACGCGGUUUAUAAGGAGUCCAGUACAACGACCAAACUUCGGGUAGUAUUUGACGGAUCUGCCAAGACAUCCUCGGGGAUCUCGUUGAAUGACGCGCAGCUAGUAGGCAUGCCCGUACAGAGUGAUCUCGUCACUAUUUUACUUAGAUUUCGAAAACAUCGGUAUGUCCUGUCGGCGGACAUAGAGAAAAUGUACCGGCAAAUUCGCGUGCGAGAGGAACAUCGUAGAUUUCAGCGGAUACUAUGGCGUUCAAAUGUCAAUGACCCCAUUAGCGUUUACGAUUUGAAUACCAUAACGUAUGGCACCGCGUCGGCAUCGUUUCUAGCAACGCGCGUGCUCAAGAAAAUCGGGGAAGACUGCAUGCAAUCGCACCCGCUCGCUAGUCGUGCGAUCAUUCACGACUUCUAUGUGGAUGAUCUGCUCACGGGAUGCGAUAGUUUAGAAGGGGCCGUGAAACUAAAGGCUUCAUUAACCGAGGUCUUGGGCAAUGCCGGAAUGCCACUGCGAAAAUGGGCUAGCAACCACAUAGGGGCGCUCGGCAGCGAUCGUAACGGAACACCGGCUAGCUUUGAAAUCGCGGACACUGGAAGGGAUCCGAAGACGUUAGGCAUCUGUUGGACCGCUGAACCAGAUGAACUACGGUACUCGCUCCGCGACAAUAGGACGAACAAGAUUACGAAGCGUACCAUUCUGUCGGAAAUCGCGCAAAUAUUCGACCCGCUCGGACUCAUUAGCCCCAUCGUGAUCCGAGCAAAAUUCAUCAUGAAGCGACUCUGGCAAUUAGAUGUGGGAUGGGACGAAACCCUAUCCCAGGAGAUGCACACGUAA